AUGCUUCAUUACUCAACUCUUCCUUCACGCCGCAAUCCUCUUCCUCCUGGAGCAGCCUUUCCUGGCAGCCAGAGCUUCAGAUACCAACAUUCAAGCCAAUUUGUUUUCAACUCUCCCGGAGUCCCAUCUCAGCCACAGUCAUGCUCUCCUGAAGCAAUUAAACCGGCCGAAACGGAGCUAGACCACGAUGACAAUGAUGCAGAGUCUUGCAAGAGAUCCAAGCCAAAGCCGACGGCCGUAGAUACAGAGGGAAACGACGCUAUCGAAUUUGAUCCUGCAGAUUCUGACACCUGGGCCUCGCUACCGGCCCCUCUCAAUAAUGAAGAUGGAAACGGUGAAAUACAUGAUUCUUCUCUGCUCAGCAGCCCUGAAACUUUGUCGCCUCGAGUUAUAUCGCAAAGCAGUGGCCGCUUUCUCAAGAUGAUUGAUGAGCUCAGGCUUGAUGCUUCGGAUCCCUCUCCAUCGAUGACGGAUGAUAUCAAGAAUAUCAGCCGUUACCUUCGGAGAACGUCGUCUUCUUAUCCUUCCCAAGGUCAUGUAUCUACUAGAGUUCAGUCUCCGGAAUCAAUGUUCCGUCCGAAUAAGUUGAGCCUUACGGAUUUGUCUCGCUUCAGCAAGGCCAAUGAUCGACUGUCAAAUCUUCGCUCUACCCUGUCGUCAGACGGAGGUUACGAUAAGACCAUGAGCACCGCUCCUCCUGAAGCUACGGAAGAAGCAAUCACGGCAAUUACUCAGUGGCAAAGCCAGGUUCGACCAAGGGUAGCAUCAUACAAUAAGUACCAACUGUCAGAGAGCGGCGAGGUCCUUCCCAGUGACUCUGCCUCGCAGCAGCAGAGUCCUUCCGGAGUGCACUUCCUGCCUCCUACUCCGGCUUCAGCAACCAGCAAGGGAGGGCUGACUUGGGGAAGUGUUGAACACUUCAAAGGCCAGCUUGACGGCACCCACGAAACCAGUAGUCGAUUUGAGAGCCCCGAUCUUGCCCUCAGAUUGCCAGGCGCACCUUCAAAUCAUGGGCAUCCUCACAGGCAGUCCAAGCGCAAGGCAUCCGUCUUUUCUCUGCGCAGCUUGACAAAUUCCCUUUCUAAGCGUCCGAGAUUUGGUUUACGGAAAUGGGCUAGCACUUUUUACCGACAGGGAAGCCAGAGGCUUAACAUGGCCCGGCAGAAGUGGAGAUAUCAGCCUCGACAGGGCCGAGGAGUCUUUGAAGGGUGGAAAACUCGUUACCGUAGAGUGGCUCAGAAUAUGUUCCCUGGUCAAGAGGAACAGAAAAAGGACGAUGGAACGUGUUCGGCGGAGCGCAAGGUGUGUUCAAAUGAGGAUUGGUGGAGGGAUGGCGUAAGCCGAUAUGAAGCGCCAAAAUGGAUGAACUUUAGGGGCGGUGCUCAUUCUCACGGAUGACGCAGUUGACGAUCAUAGAGGCGCGGUGGGG